CUGCGCUUACUCCCCUCUCAGAAGCCAUCUUGGACGCAGUUCAGUUUCUUGCAUGUGAAUGUCGGACCCUGUCCUCAGCGACUCACGACAACAGAGUAGAAACGGUUAACGCGCACCGCGGAGCGAGAAAUGUGUUUAUUUUAAUCAUCGAGUUUAUUUUACCUUGUCGAUUUUACAUCCUGGAAUCGACCGAUCCUUUCCCGAUGGAUUUGUUUAUAUGUAAAACUUACUUCUAGCCCGUGCAAUUUUGUUGCAUUGGGGGACUGUACACACAAAAGCAACGCGAACUCUUGGUGCUGUGGACAUCGAAGGCCUUGGGUCAUUUGGCUCGUUGUGUUAUGCCGAUCAUCUUUUUAAAUGUUCGCAAAGGAAAAGAGGUUCAAAAGGAGAACAUCUGGUGUGUUUCUUUUUAAUUAAAGGAAUAUGUUUGCUUCCUGGCUGACUUUUGCACUUCUUCUGGGAACUUUUUGUGCAGGACCAAGCCAUGGCGAGGUGGACACACGGGAGUGCUUGUUCUAUAACGUGAACUAUGAGAUCGAGAAGACCAACCAGAGCGGGGUAGAGCGCUGCGAGGGUGAGAAGGACAAGAGGUUGCACUGCUACGCCUCAUGGCGCAACAACUCUGGUACCAUCGAGCUGGUGAAGAAGGGCUGCUGGCUGGACGACUUCAACUGCUAUGACAGACAAGAGUGUGUGGCAACAGAGGAGAAUCCUCAGGUCUUCUUCUGUUGCUGCGAGGGGAACUUCUGCAACGAGAGGUUCACCCACCUGCCCGAUGUCAAUGGACCAAUGAUCAAGCCGCCUCCCCCCACACCCACCCUACUCAAUGUGCUGGUCUACUCACUGCUGCCUAUCACCAUGCUCUCCAUGGCUCUGCUGCUGGCCUUCUGGAUGUACCGCCACCACAAGCCGCCCUAUGGCCACGUGGACAUCAACGAGGAUCCUGGCCUAGUUCCCCCUCCUUCCCCCCUUGUGGGGCUUAAACCCCUGCAGUUGCUGGAGAUCAAGGCAAGGGGGCGCUUCGGCUGUGUGUGGAAGGCCCAAAUGAUGAAUGAAUACGUGGCUGUCAAGGUCUUCCCCAUUCAGGAUAAGCAGUCGUGGAUGAAUGAGCGGGACGUGUUCCUCACGCCGGGGAUGAAGCACGAGAACCUGCUGCGCUACAUUGCGGCCGAGAAGCGCGGGACCAACCUGGAGAUGGAGCUGUGGCUCAUCUCUGAGUUCCACCAGAGGGGCUCCCUGACAGACUAUCUGAAGGGGAACGCGAUCAGCUGGACUGAGCUGUGUCACAUCUCUGAGACCAUGGCCUGCGGGCUGGCCUACCUGCACGAGGACGUUCCUCGCUACAAAGGAGAGGGACCCAAACCGGCCAUCGCUCACAGGGACUUUAAGAGUAAGAACGUGAUGCUGCGGACGGACCUGACGGCCAUCAUCGGAGACUUUGGGCUGGCGGUGCGGUUCGAGCCGGGCAAGCCUCCAGGGGACACUCAUGGCCAGGUGGGUACCAGGCGCUACAUGGCGCCGGAGGUCCUGGAAGGGGCCAUUAACUUUCAGCGGGAUGCCUUCCUCAGGAUAGACAUGUACUCCAUGGGCCUGGUGCUGUGGGAGCUGGUGUCGCGCUGCAAGGCGGCCGACGACCCAGUGGAUGAGUACAUGCUGCCGUUUGAGGAGGAGAUUGGCCAGCACCCGUCCCUGGAGGACUUACAGGAUGUGGUGGUCCACAAAAAGAUGAGACCGGUCUUCAAGGACUGCUGGCUCAAACACGCUGGCCUAGAGUCGAUGUGUGAGACAAUAGAGGAGUGCUGGGACCAUGACGCCGAGGCGCGGCUUUCGGCCGGCUGCGUGGAGGAGCGCAUCUCACAGAUCCGCCGGCUGACCAGCCCCCCUACCUCAGACUGCUUGGUCUCCAUGGUGACCUCUGUCACCAACGUGGACUUGCCACCCAAAGAGUCCAGUAUCUGAGCCCAAACCCCUGUCCCUACCAACACCCACCCACCCAACGCAGAGCGACAACAUGCAAGCAAACAAAACAGCCUUGUCUUGUUCUUCUUCAGCUUCAGCCGAUCUCAGAACAAAACAGCCUUGUCUUGUUCUUCUUCAGCUUCAGCCGAUCUGAGAAGAAAAAAAAACAUGAAUGCAGCUGCUGUUUUAUCCUGACAUCUUUUUUUUUUAAUUGAUUUUUAUUGUUAUUUUCUUUCCAAUCGGAUCAAUAUUACCAGCACACUUCUUCUCUACUGUGUUUUUAUCAAGAGAGGACAAGAAAAAAAUAAUUACAAAAAAAAAACGAAAUUGACAUCUCAGUAGUGCAUUCAGGUGCCGACUUAUGAAUGCUGACAAGGUGCAGGUACCUCAACCGUUUUCAGCUCUCAGCCGUUUAUUUGGGUUUAGUUUAUUCCUCUCUGUCUUCUGGACAGGAUUGCCUGUGACAAAACCAACCAACUAAGCAACCAUCUACCAUGUUGGACAAUACAUCAAUGCUGCAAAAACCUUAUGAACUUUAAGACUUACACACAACUAACCUUCCUCAAGGGAUUUUAGUUUUCAGAAAACUUUUCCUUUUCCGACAGCGUGCUAUACAAACCUUCGGAACUAACGGGUGUCUCUAGAACACAGGGAAAAGUGGAAGGCAACUGGACUCGUUUCAUUUAGGAUUUUGCUAUAUUCUUACCGGUGACUCUGACUGGGGUUGACUAUAGCAUAUUAAUCAGUGGAUGUUGAAAAGUUCAAAAGAAAAUGGCUUGCUUCCCACAGCAUCUGGAUAAUGCAUUUUGUUUGGUACGGAGCUACUACUCAGGUAACCAGUCUCAAGGGGGCAGGAGAUGAUGAUUUAAGGUGAUAUCGCAACGCGUCCCGUAAAGUAGAGCGAGAGCCACAUCCGCUGCCUUUGAUGGGUAGGGUGGGGGCAGACUUUGAUGAGAGGGGCUUUUCUGACAUGGUUCAAACCUUUUUAGCUGAGAUCAAAAUGGUCUAAACAUUGAAGGUGCCCAAACAAACUACAAAAACAAUAGGUGCAAGACUAUGGUAUAAAUUUGUAAAACCACAAUAGGUGCAUGACCAUGGUGAAGAUUGGUAUGCAUUUUGGGUGUGAGAAUGAAUGCGUGUGUGUUUGCUUGUGACUAUUUGUGCAGUGAGAGUGACUGAAUGUGUAGCGGAGAGGGAUGGAAGUUAAGACCAUGAAAAGAAAGUUUCAGCCGUAAACAGCUGAAGAUGAGUUAAAUGUUUCCCUUUUUUUCUGUUAUUUCUUAUUUUGUUUCAGUGAGUGUAUUGGACAUUGGGAGCUAAGGACCUAGACUCUAUCCACAGAAGGCCCAUCUUAGGCCUCAGUAAAAGCCUAUAUCCUUCACUAGUGUCGAGAGGGAGGGCGGAGUACAGUUGAAGCGUCACUGCCUGGUACCUUCGUUAUUUACCUCUUUCUCACAGGGACCAAACUUAGAGUUUUGACCGGGUAGGUCCUGCAUUGUAGAAAGGUUUUCGACAGGGCACCAAGCGUAACAACCAAUUUUAAACUUCACUUCAUUCAGAUUGGUUACACGUUCUCGUUCAUUAGAAGAGAAAAGUUACACGCAACAUUUCCGUAUGCCAUAAUGUAACAGUGAAUGUCUACAAUGCUGCUGUUUCAGCUCAAAGAUGAAUAUAUUUCUGUGUUCCAGUUUUUUUCCCCCCUGUGCAUUACACAUACAAAUCUCAGUAGAUUUAACUAAACGUGCAUACAAGAGCAGAAGUACGUUGGUAGGGAUGACAAGGCUUCCGAUGUGAAAGAGAACAACACAAACAAUAAAAUCUAUUAAAAAUAGAUCAGAAAACUAAAACACAAAAAAAUAUAUAUAUUGUUCAUGAACCACAGACCACCUCAAACCAGAAAUACCUCAGAUUUUUCAAUGUAUAUGAGUUCUGUUAUAUAUUUUGUUAGUUGUGUUGACUUGUAGUAAGUAUGUUUUAAUGUGAUUUUUUUUUGGGGGGGGGGGGCUUUUGUGAUUAAGGAAUUUUGGAAGAUAAAAUGUCCAAAAUCAUUUAAAGAAGUGGUACCAUGUUAUGUUGUAUAAAUGAAAGAAAAUCUUGUAAAUAGCUGUAUACAGUUGUAGAAUUCUACCUAUAUACAGUAUGACACCUGAGCAUUAUUCAUCAUUUCUGCUGACUUUUCCCAACGUGUCUUUUCCUCUCCAUUACCUAAAGGAACAUUGAACCUGUAUUUGGUUUUUCCUCACAAAAAACGAAUAUCUACCCACCACCAUCAUCGUGUCUGACCUGUAAUAUUUUUGCAUACCCCAUACCCCUAUAUGCUUCAUGGCCAAAAGUAUGUGGACACCUGCUCGUCAAACAUCUCAUUCCAAAAUCAUGGGCAUUAAUAUGAAGUUGGUCCCCACCUUGCUGCUAUAACAGCCUACACUCUUCUGGGAAGGCUUUCAACUAGAUUUUGGAACAUCGAUGCUUCCAUUUAGCCACAAGAGCAUUGGUGAGGUCGGUUUUUCAAUUCAUACCAGAGGUGUUCAACGGAGUUGAGGUCAGGGCUCUGUGCAGGCUAGUCAAGUUCUUCCACACCUAUCUCAACAAACCAUUUCUGUAUAGACCUCGCUUUGUGCAUGCGGGCAUUGCCAUGCUGAAACAGGAAAGGGCCUUCCCCAAAAUGUUGCCACAAAGUUGGAAGCACAGAAUCGUCUAGAAUGUCAUUGUUUGCUGUAGCGUUAAGAUCUCCCUUCACUGGAACUAAAGGGCUUAGCCCGAACCAUGAAAAACAGCCCCAGACCAUUAUUCCUCCUCCAAACUUUACAGUUGGUACUAUGCAUUCGGGCAGGAAGAGUUCUCCUGGCAUCCGCCAAACCCAGAUUCGUCCGUCGGACUGCCAGAUGGUGAAGCGUGAUUUAUCACCCCAAAAAUGUGUUUCCACAGCUCCAGAGUCCAAUUACGUUGAGCUUUACACCACUCUAGCCGACACUCCACCACAUUUUGCAUGGUGAUCUUAGGCUUGUGUGCGGCUGCUCGGCCUUGGAAACUCAUUUCAUGAAGCUCCUGACGAAUAGUUAUUGUGCUGACGUUGCUUCCGGAGGUAGUUUGGAGCUUGGUAGUGAGUGUUGCAACCAAGGACAGACGAUUUUUACGCACUUCCGCACUCAGCGGUCCCAUUCUGUGAACUUGUGUGGCUUACCACUUCGCGGUUGAGCCAUUGUUGCUCCUAGACGUUUCGACUUCACAUUAGCAGGGCAGAAAUUUGAUGAGCUCUUCAGUAAGGCCAUUCUACUGCCAAUGUUUGUUUAUGGAGAUUGCAUGGCUGAGUGCUCAAUUUUCUACACGUGUCAGCAAUGGGUUUUGAAGGGGUGUCCACAUACUUCUGCCUAUAUAGUGUACCUUGGGUUUGUCAUUGCUUUUAAAAUGUAUUUAAUGACUUAUCCCAUUCCGUGAUGAAAAAAGAAAGCAUUUUUACGGAAAAGACUAAAUGAAUACCAAGAGAUAUCAUUGAAUUUCCUUAUACAAAGCAAUGUGUCUCCAAAUUAGUUUCUCUCGAUUUAUAGCAUUCUAACUUUUUAAAGCGUAAAGUAAUAUUUUCUUGGUUGAUGUUUGAUUUGGUAGCACCUUGGGGAGUGUGGGGGUUAUUGUCCCUGGAUUCUCGUCCCCAUCUCAUCACACAUUGACUGACAAGAGGCACCGCAGUGGCCUCAGCUCCUUAACCCUACACCUUACAGAAGAAAGCUAUUGUUAUACGUUAUUGUUCACUGUGCCAUACGUUUUAAGGUUUGACAUCUCUCAGCAGCGUUCCACCUGUGUGUAAAGCAGAGUGUUUCAGUGUGUUUUAGUUGCACUCAUGGACAGACUCAUGACUUCAACUUCUUGUCACCAUGAACCCCAGUGUUUGACGUGGGCCUGCAGAUUUCUGCCAUCCAUGUUGCUUUGAAUAAGUGAAACCAUAGCUAGCGUCAUUUUAAGUUUUUGUGGUUAGAGAACUUGAACAAGGAUUUGGGUCUGUAAAGAGACUACUUUUCAAGGAGCCCCUCUUUCCCUGUGUUAGAGAGCAAGAAAACAAUAAUAAGGAAGCACACUCGUAUGGCACUUUUUAUUUUCUCUGGAUUAACUUCACACCAUUUUAUCAUUAACCAGGACGGAGCUAUUAUUGGUUUGAUUUGCCUUGUUAGCAAAUCAAGGUUAUGUCUGUGUCAAAUGAUCAGGUUAGUGUUUUAUGUCGAAUCUUAUUGUAAAACAGUUUUUAACUGUAUUAAUGCUAUAAGUGUAACGGGAUCAAGAAAUUGCCAGUUUGGAUAUAAAAUGUAGCAAGCAAUAUCUACAGCAAUAGUUCUACAUAUUCUUUCUGACCUCAUAGGUACUGUAAUAGGCCCUUGAGCUAGUGACCAACCAAAACGUCUGGUUGAAAAAUGCGCUUUGUUGUCAAGAGGAAGCUUGGUUUGUCGAUCCCCAGACAUUGUCUUGGUCAUAGUGUUCGUUGAGUUUUGAUAGGCCUUCACCUUUUUUUCAGUCAGACUUUUAACCAUGAGAAACGUGUAGCCAAAUCCCUUGCACCUAAGUCUGCAAGAGGUGGAACCAAAUUCUUUGUUUGAAUAUGUUUUGGGGGGGUUGUAAUGUGUCCCAAUUCUCUCUCAGCCUGGUCUCAUUAACUAGUUUUAACAUAGUAAAUGUAAAUAUGGACACUCAAAUUAGUAUAUGUUACGUUUGGUAUGGUUACAUAGGACAAUGAAAGUAGGAUGGGUGGGCGUGUAAUAUGAAUGCCUAGCAACCCAAAGGUUGCGAGUUUUAAUCUCACAUUAUCAGCUCUCCCUUCCCCUAAACCUUUAACCUAACUCCUAAACUUAACCCUAACCACAAAACUAGCUAACAUUAGCCAUCAAGCUAGAGUUCGUAACAUAUCAUACGUUUUGCAAAUUCGUUACAUAUAAAACUAAUUGUAAUUCGUAACGGAUCAUAUGAAGUGGAUAAUGGACAUCCACAAAUUUACCAUGCGAAAUGUAACAUAUACUAAAUGUUUGUCUUGGGUUUACAUACAGAAUGAUACGAAAUGCACUGAGACCAGGUUGUCUCACUUUGCUGUUAACAUUUGUAACAGUAGAGACAAAAUCUUUAUCUGCCCAUUUGACCUUUUGAUUUUGAUUUGAGAAGCUAGAGAAAGUCAUCUGACAUUGUUGGCCUUGAUUUGACUUGCUAGGACCUUUUUUUCAAGAGUUAAGUGGAUGCAUUUGAUGAGGAGGGAGAGCAAGGUAUGCAAAGUGAGCUAUUAGAAUUCAAAUUGUAAAUCUGUUUCUUUCCAAAUAGUGGUCUUGAUGUACUCUGAGCAUCACAUAUGCUGUGCAGUGUUAACUUAAGGGUUUAAUUCUUUCUAUUUUGUUGGUCAGUGUUAUGAUGAGUUAUACAAUACCAAUCGGCGGUUUUAAAGUUUUAGCCACGAUGGGAAAGGCAAGUAUUAGUCUGUUUUUUUCAUCAUUGUCUGUUUUUUUUACUCUGGUGCCAUUUUAAGGAUUCUACCAUCUCUAGUUGAGUCUUAAAUCUGAGAGCUUAGGGCCAAUAUGAGAUGGAAUGGGAGCUGGACUUAACACAGGUCUUUCCAAAUGAAUAUUUUAGCUUUAGUGCAUUGGAUCAGAGGAGGCUGGUGGGAGGAGUUAUAGGAGGAUUGGCUCAUUGGAAUUUAAUAAAUUGAACGGAGUCUCAAAUGUGGUGUUUCCAUGUGUUUGGUUCCAUUCCAGUCAUUACAAUGAGCGUGUCCUCCUAUAUCUACUCCCACCAGCCUGCUCUGCAUUGCAUAUCGGGUCAAAUCUAUUCUUACCAAUACUCACAUUGUGGUUCAUGAUGACAAGGGUGAAGUUUUGGAAUAUAAACAGCAUGUGAUAUCAGCAACAUUGCUAUCUGGGAGCGUCGGACGGAAAACCUGAGGUGUUCUGAUGUUGUUGUGCCUUUAUUUUCCUCAUUGUCAUUGCUGAAGCAACCACUGUGGUGCCCCUCUUUGUUUAUUUGUUAUUAGUACCUGACAAAAGAAAUCUCAUAUAUAAUCUAAUGUAAAAACUCUUAAGUGACCAGCUGUAAUUCUGGAUGCAGUCUUAGAUCCAGGUUGUUCAGGAACCAAUUACCUCAGACCUCACGUGAAACAGUGUUGCUAGCUGGAUAGUCGUCGAUACUACAGAAUAAUGGUGUACACUUUCGUCAUGCCAACAGGUUACCUCGUUUGUACUGGUGUAACAUGUAUCAUGCACCCCUUGACAAUGUGAAAACCCUCUUAGUUUCUGAGCAUCUCACCUCUUUUUUUCCUUCUUUUUUUUCCUUUUUUUUUUUCAACAGCAAAGAAAUGGUAUUGUAUGGAAAAGCGUUUAAGUGCUUUGUCUGCUACUUUCCCCAACUGAAAUUGUUAGUGUAUAGAGGUUUGACAGCUCACUUUGUCAUCAGGCAGAACUGAAACAAAAUGGUUCUGGUGAUUGUUACUGACUGAGGAUUUUUUUCAGACUGUUAAAAGAUUCAGUUGGCUGAGAUUUCAUUCUAGCCCUGUCUUUCUCUCUCUCUCUCAAAAAAAAAACAUAACACUAAUUACCAUUGUACCCUAAGAUUGGUUAUCAAUACCACUUUGAUUCUUCUUAUUUUUACUUUACCCAACUCUCUGAACAUCUUUAAGUGUUAUUACGUUGCUUAUUUACUGUGCAUGGACAGUGGCUCAAGCUAUCUGAACAUUACCUCAUGUUUUCCCAGAGAUCAGUUGGUUCAAGUCUUGCGUCAAUCAGCAGCAGCGAGCUGUGAGCCCUGGCAAUCGACUUAUCCUCUUUAAAAUAUUAAGACCUUCCCCAGCUGGAGAGAACUAUUGACUUUGCCAAUUGCUAUAAACUUCCACAACUUCUUUUUAGCCUCUGGAUGAGAAUAGCUUGCUACUCUACGCUUUAAAAAGCCAUUAUUCCAUAAAGUGACAGUUUAUUUCGCUCCUUUAAAAAGAGGUGGGAUUUGCUGUUGGUAGACAUUGUCAAUGGUGAAUGUUUGUUUUUUCCUCCUACGAGCUCGCCAGUGGCUCCUUGCAUUGAUUGGAAUUGUUCAACCAAACAAAACCGAAAAACCUUUCCACUGCAAGGACUGAUUCACAAUGUCUUUCUUCCAAGACCCACCAAAACAAGGGUGAGGGGGGGGGGGGUUCUUGUUUUGUCAAGGGGUCUUAUUUAAAAGUGUUGUUUCUAUACCAGGAUUCGUGAAAUGUAAAUGUUGUAGGUUAUAUUUCACUAUUGUAGCUAAAUUGUAGAACAGAGAUGGCUUGUACUACUGAUUUUAACAUAAAUAUCCUCAAAUAAUCUGUAUAAGACUAAAUGUAUACAGAGAGUGGAGCUUGUUGCUGUAACCCCUCUUUUGGAUUGAAGAACAUGUUUAAAAGUUUCAUAUAUAUGAAAAUCCCAGAAAAAAUCCAACAUCCAUUGUAUUGCUGUAAUGAUGAGGAGUUGUUUUGAACGAUCAUUGUAACAUAGUUCUUUCAUUUGCAGUGGAUCCUUGUUCCUUUUUUACUGUGGUAAUUUUAGAUCUCAGUAUUCAGAGUUUGAAAUAGAUUUGCCUAGUUGUUGAGGUGUGGCUGUUUCGACUCUGCACUUGGUGCCAGAAUAAACCAGUAUGAAUGUAGUAUUUGCCCAGUGUAAAACAACUACACCCAGACUGUUAGAGAAAAAAAUACUAGAAAGGAUUAUUUCAAUUUUAUCUUUUUGUAUAUGAAAGUAAACAAUAAAAAAAAAUGUUAAAAACCA